UAUAUAUACAUGUCUACAGAAAGAGAAAGAGAUCCAUUGGUUAUUGGACAAGUAAUUGGAGAUGUGGUUGAUCCAUUUGUUAAGAGUGUGAAUUUAAGACUAGUUUAUGGUACAAAAGAGAUCACUAAUGGAUCUGGAUUUAGAAAUUCAGCUGUUGUUAAUCAACCUUCAGUUGACAUCAGAGGAAAUGAUGGCAACUCUCUUUACACUCUAGUGAUGGUUGAUGCUGAUGCACCAAGCCCAAAUAAUCCUUAUCAAAAAGAGUAUCUCCAUUGGUUGGUGACUGAUAUCCCAGAAUCAAGAGAUGUAAGUUUUGGAAAUGAAAUUGUAUGCUACGAGAGCCCAAAGCCGUCGGCCGGCAUUCAUCGUAUUGUGUUUGUGUUGUUCCAACAAAAAGUUCAGCAAACUGUGCAUGUGCCCGGAUGGCGUCCAAACUUUAACACUAGAGAUUUUAUGGCAUUUUACAACCUCGGACCGCCCGCCGCCGUGCUGUUCUUUAACUGUCAAAGAGAGCAUGGUUGCGGAGGUAGACGAUACUGCGAAUGAGGAGGUUAUCUAUUACAUGCACACAUCAUUUCCCUUAUGGCUUCUACUGCUGAAAAAAAAACAGAGCAUUAAUACAUAAAAUAUUCAAAAUCUACAUUUAAGAUUAAUUAUCUGCAGAAACAGACAUGUGAAACUGAUAUGAAAGUAUGAUAAUUCUGUGAUUUUAGACUGUUGUUUUCUUCACAGAUAACAACUUGAUCAGUAGAAGCAAGAGUAUCGAUGUCU